GGCAGAUUCCUCGCACUGCCUAGACCACUAGCCUGAAGUGUUUCGCCUCCAUCUUAAGUCCUGGAGUGGCUUCAAGACUCCGGUGAAGCUGCCGGGAUUAUCUUGUGUUUGGGCGGCGGCAGCGUUUCCCAGCGCGCGGGGACACCUGGGAAGUGGGAAAUCUGUCAAGAAGCACGAAUCCCUAAAACUUCUGAAGGUUGGUUUGAUGGCCAACUGCCUGUUUAGUCUGACUUCACCAGUGAUCUUGGACAGUUACAAAACAAAUAAAGCCCUUACCCUGCCACCACCAUAGAUCUGUAAUUACUCCGGAAUCAGUAAGCCAUGGCAUCAAAGAAAUUUGCUGUUAAAUGUGGGAAAUUCGCCGUCCUGGUGGAUCUUCAUGUAUCACCAGAAGGUUCAACCAAAGAUACCAGCUGGUUUAAUGAAAAGAAGAAAGAGGAAGUCUGUUUACUGUUAAAAGAAACCAUUGAUUCAAGAGUUAAGGAGUACUUGGAAGUUCGUAAACAGCACAGACCAUCAAAUACAGAAUUCACAAGAUCCAGUCCCUUGUCCUUAAAAGGCUAUGGCUUUCAAAUCACUGCUUAUUUCCUCAAGAGAGAGACACGCCUUUACUGCUGCGGGCCCUCUCCGAGUGCUGAACUGCGUGUGUUCCCUGACAGGUUUGUGGUCUGUGUAAGUCAGCUUACAUCCAGUUGUGAUAUUUUGGCAAUUCAGAAUGAAGAAUUGACGGAAAGAGCUCUCCAUGGAGCGUCUGAGUAUUUUGCUGAGUAUGCAGAGAGUUCACUUCCCCCCUGUGCAAAGCUCAAGAGAAAUGCUCUGAGAGAAAUUGUGAAAAGAACUGAAACCAAAAAAACGGCGUGUGAACAAACCAUGGAGCAGCAGGGACAUUGUGGGAAAUCUGGUGACUCAGUGAUUACAGAGAUAGCAAGGAAGGGGGAUGCCAGUCAGGCUUCAUCCAGACAGUCGGAGUCCACAGGACAAGGGAAGGAUUACAUAAAGGCAGCUGAGAGCCACUGGGGGCUUCCUGUUCAAAAGCUGGAAAAUGUUCAUCAAACCCAGCCAGAAGACACUUGCAGCCAGCAAAAACCUCAUCCUGGGGAGCGGUUAGAGACAGGGCUUCGAAGUGGGAGCCCUGUCUGUAGCUGUGAGUCAGCAUCACCGGGUCCAAAACAAAGUCCACGAGGGGCCAAAACACAACAGAAAUGCAGGAACUGCAGCUCUGCGGAAGACAUCGACCUCCACAAGAGAGUUUCUCUUGGAAAUGAUCGAUCAGUCCCGAGAGAAAUAAUAGUGGAAAAAAGCACAACUGUCAGGGUUUUGCCAACUUUAGAGCUGUCAGUUCCGGGGUUACUUUUGAAACAAGAUUUGGCAAAAACCACGUCUAAUGAGGAGUUGCAUGUUUUGGAAAAUCUCUCCUCCAGACAUCUUAUGAAAAGUAAGCCAGGGCAGGCACAACAAACUGGCUCAGCCACAAACAUGGAAAGAUUAUGUACACUCAGGGCAGCCCAACCAGAAAAGAAGAAGUAUGAAAGAGACCACUAGCUUACUAAAGAGGAUUGCAAAAUCGGAGCUGAAGUUAGAGUGACCAAACUGGGAAAAAUGAGCUGUGUGUAUAACUGCUGUGAUUUUUAAGGCAUUAGAUUGAUUAUUUUAAAUAGAAGGUAUAUGUGUGUGUGUGUGUGUGUGUGUGUAGAGAUACUCACACACAUGCUAAGGUUAGCUUUUAAAGUAGUCAUUAACCUACAUGCUUAUUCUAAAAACAUUACUACCUUCUCAUCAUACUUUAUAACUGUCUCUAGAAAAAUAUUUAAAUGAUGAACAGCCAUUCACUUUGCAGGAACUGCAGGAAAAACCAAUCAUGUGCCUCCUUGGCAGGGAUGUAGUUUAUCCUUCUGUUCCUCAGUUUAAGUAGUGGAGCAAGCUGGGAAGGGGCAGGCUAGUGGUUCUCAGCAUCUUGUUCUGGGAUUAAAAUCAUUUCCUGAAAAUGUAUUAGAAAUGCACAUCUUGGACCCCACCCUAGAUCUACUGAAUGAGAAACUUCUGGUGAUUCUGAAAGAUGAUCUGAUUGGAGACUACCUAGUGUUUAUUUCCUUCAGCCUAGAUACCAUGGCCUCCCCUGAAUCAGCUGGGACCAACAUGUGGCCAUGCACAACCUGGUGCUCCCCCAAAUUUGUAGAACACCUCGGUUCAGUGUAUGGGUCAGUGGGUUCCCAGGGUCUAUAGAAUGAUGCCACAGCAUCAGGGAGCUGUCACUUACCCUAAGAAUUGCUGGACAUUUACCAAUAACUUGGCCCAGCAUUAGGGGAAAACUUGGAAAGGCUUGCUCUUGCUUUGUUGCUCAGGCAUGUGACUGUCCCUGCUCAGUCCCCCACCUGUAAGAUUUUGAUUUAGGUUCAGGAAGGACCAGAACCCAAGAGGAGCUCAGAAGCCAGAGUUUUCAAUUUCCCAUUUGGAAGUCUUCACUGGCAGUUUAAAUUUCUAAACAGGAGCCUUCCUUUUGCAGUAUCAGCCUCUAAUGUCUCAGUGGGCUUGCUAAAAUGUCACUUAGUGAAUCAUAGCAAUAACUUAUCUAAAGAUUUUCUUAACCCAUUUCAUCCUAAAACAAGGCAGAAACCAUAUUCAAAGGCCAUCAAAUACAGAUUUUUUUUUCCUUCCCAGCAUUGGUUGAUCUUUUGCAGUAGCACCUCCCUACUAAUAAGGAAAAUCAAGUAUGUGCCCCCCAAUUUUGGAGUUAACAGAAAAAUAACCCAGAACAAGUUCAGCAAAAUAAAGGAAUUUGGAAGCAGGCACAGUAUCAGCUCAUGCUUGAUACUGACUGGUGGUUCCACCAGCUCAAUCUGUCCUUUCCUGUGUCUCUCUUCCCCAAAUAUAUCAGAGGAUAAGACUCAUUAAAAGCAGUCCUAUUUCAUGGCACUAUGUUUUGAGUUUUGAAAUUCAAUCUUGGUAACCAUGGCUGGCCAUGGAUAUAUAUGCUUUUCUUUUGAUAUUCUAAAUCCUGCCUGGAAACCUGUCACUAUCCCCUUCUGUGACCCCAGUCUCACCACCCCUACCAAGAAAAUGGCCCUACUCAUUGCGACUCUCCUCUUCCUGCCUUGCUGUUUUCCUCUCCCAGCUGAUUCCAAUCAGAUAUUUGUUUUUAGGAGAGGAGAGGGGCCAACAGAAUACUAACCACAGUGGGACAGAUUGACUGCAGAGAAAGGGACUCGCCUGAUAAAAUAGUAGAGUGACUGGUAUUCUGAGUGUACUUUUCACUAAAGACAGGACUAAUGUGUCAUUGAAUCUUCUUAAACAGAAGCAAUUAUCUAAAUACUUCAAACAGAGGGCACAAAUAAUAACCCAAGUAAUAGUCGAGAAAUAACAAGCCCCCUGGACAAGAGUUUAAAAUAGGAUAGGAUUCCAGAACAAUAGCUGCUACCUGCCCUGGAACUAGAAAGAGGUAUUUGAACUGGAGACAACAGAGAAAGUUUUUAUUGAGAAAUUUUGUUUUCCAUAGUUAACUAACAUACUUUUAAAUGAUUUUCUUUUGACUUCAGAGUUUUGUAUAUUUGUAUAAAUAACAAUUCUUGUGAUCUAAGAGGAAAAAUGGCACCUUUGGUUGUAGGUUAAAAAGGUCUUUCUCACAGCCAUCAUGUACAUGAGAUUUUAGCAGGAAUACUAGAGGAAACAGCUCUCCACUUCCACUCUUGUGAAAGAACUUCCACACUGUGGCAUGUGUUUGAGAAAUUUUGCCUUUUACCACUUUCCUUCUACAUGGAUCUCUUGUUACUUGAGUGGUUAUAUGAGUCUUUGGAUAUUUGAAAGUAGAAAUAGGAAAAUGUCUGCCAAAAUUUUUUGUUGGUUCUUAUAUGGGGAAUGAAGUGUUCUCUACUGCUGGGAGUGACAUGUGUUCUGAUAUUCUUAAAAUUUCAGGCCCUUUCAAUAAUCUAGAAAGAAUAAGAUCUUCAGUUACUGACUUAAUUUCCCAACUUAAUUUAUGCAAAUUCAAAUCCCUGAACUUUUUGCUUGUGAGAUCCAAUUCAAUUGAUGUUAUAAUUGUGAACGUUCUAACUUUCUCAGUGUUGUGGCUGCUAAAAACCUGUGUGCUUUCAAAUGCCUUGUUUAAGAGAUUGUUGUUAGAUUUAUUAUCUAUGUCCAUAAGCAAGAAAUGUAUGAGAAUAGUAAUAACAAAUGAUAAAGGUCUGACUUUCUUACACAUUUUUCUUUCCUUUACCACUCAAAAGGGGUAACUGUCAUCCAAACUGUUAAAUGUGAACAAAUUGUCCAAUGCAAAGGAGUAAAUGUUUGGGAGAGAGGUGUGAGUGUUGCAGCUUUCUCGUUCACCUAUUUGAAUAUUUAAGAAGUAGAAAAGUAUAUUUCAUCUUAUAAAGAGCAAAAGUCAUGAAAACCCCUGCAUUUGAUUUUUAGAGAAUAUAUAGAUUCUCUCCUAAUGAAAUAUCUCAAGGUAUUUGCCCGAGUGGGGGGGGGUGGGGUGAGGACAGUGGGAUCAUAGUUACUGUUUACUUUUGGUGUCAUAUUUGGAUGUUAGCAUGAACGGUUGUACGUAUCAGUUGGUUUUGAUUUCAGAGAGAACUUGGUGAGGGCACAGCACAUGAAAGAAGGAAAUCUCUAUGCCAGAGUGCGAUCUGGGUUCACAGUGUCACCAGUCCCAGUUUCCUUGAAUUCCUUCUUGGCCUGCCUUGCUGGAGUAUUGCCACCAAAUUCUAGUGAGUUACCCUCCUUUUGAGAUAACAAGUGUCUUUCCUAAGAGCCAAAAAUUCUCUGUCCAGCAUGCUAUGACUUGAAUAUGGAAAUCAUUUUAAUUUUGUCUUUUCUCUUAUGAGGAAAUUUCCAUGCUUGGUUUGUCAAGAUGAGAGAGUUCAUUCUGUAUUAUUGAAACGCUAAUGAAUUGAAACAUGUUGGAGCAAGUAAGAAAUCAAAAUUAAGCUGAUUUCUCUUAAAUAGUUUAAAGCCUUCCUUAGUACACAAUAAAUUAAGCAUUGUAAAAUGAAGUUAAUUCAGAUAAUUACUCAGGACAGAAGUCCAACCAUAUAUAUCAUUGAUAUUACAAUUUAAUGAUGUAAUUAAAUUCUCAGAAAUCUGUAGAACUCCCUCUAAUUUAGUUUCUGUAUUGAUUGAACUAGACAAGGAACAAAUACAUGUCAAUGUGUAGCAGAGGGGACUUGGUGUCUUUAAUUGUCAAGAACAAAUGAAGUACUGGACUUGAAUUUCAUUAUAUUCAAAUAAGUUUCAUUAUGUGGCAUAAUAUUACCAAGUGCUACCUUUUAAUUUCCAUUACAGUUACUAACUUACCAGGUAUCUUGAUUCUUUAAUUAAACAAAAGUCAGAAAAAACAUAUAUUUGACCCUACAGUAUCUAAUAAGGUGCCCGAUGGUGUGGAUUUGAUAGAUCUCCAGAAGAACUUUUGUAAAUCAAGUUAGAAAGCCAAAAGCUGCAAUAAUCACCGGAAAAACUCAUUGUUCCCUUCUGCCUCAUCUUCUCAUUGGGUUUGUUUAAACUAUUUCAAUACUAUCAGUAGUUGUACCAGCCUAAGGAGUGAAAGUAGUAUGUAGUAGAAAUGAACCUGUUGU